UCAAAUGUUAGCCGCGGUAGCCCGGACAGCCUCUGGUUCAGUGGCGACAGCUGCGGCCUAAACGGGACUAAAGAAGACAAAAGCCAGGUGGAGCACUUUACGGCGUUGGCCGCAUCGCGCAAGAUGCAGGCGCGCUACUCCGUGUCCAGCCCAAACACUCUGGGGGUCGUGCCUUACAUCAGCAGCGAGCAGAGCUACUAUCGGAACGGCUACGCCGGGAUGCCCGCGCCAGUGAGCGUGUACUCCCACGCAGCUCACGACCAGUACCCGGCCGGUAUAGCCCGCGCCUAUGGCCCGUACAACCCCCAGCACCAGCCCAAAGACGUGGUGAAGCCGCCGUACAGCUACAUCGCCCUCAUCACCAUGGCUAUCCAAAACUCGCCCGAGAAGAAGAUCACGCUGAAUGGCAUCUACCAGUUCAUCAUGGAGAGGUUCCCGUUCUACCGGGACAACAAGCAAGGCUGGCAGAACAGCAUACGGCACAAUCUGUCUCUUAACGAGUGCUUCGUCAAAGUGCCCCGCGACGACAAGAAGCCCGGCAAGGGCAGCUAUUGGACCCUGGACCCAGAUUCGUACAACAUGUUCGAGAACGGCAGCUUUCUGAGGCGCAGGAGGAGGUUCAAGAAGAACGACGUGCAGAAGGACAAGGACGAGCGCGACCGGGGCAAGGAGCAGGAACUACUGGUGCACAACUCCUUGCAGCCUGUUCGCAUACAGGACAUUAAGACGGAGAAGGGGACCUGCACGCCCCCUCAAGCCGUCUCGCCGGCUCUGAAAAUCGAAAGUCCCGACAGCAGCAGCGGCAGCAGCCUGUCCAGCGGGAGCCCGCACGACUUGCCGGACAACCCGGACCAGCACCAGCAACAGCACGGCCAGGCGUCCACGCAUCAGGGGUUCAGCGUGGAUAACAUCAUCACCUCCCUGCGAGGCUCUCCCCACGCUGACCUUUCGCCGCCGCUCCUCGCCUCCUCUCGGACAGCUAUAGCCCCCUCCCUGGCGCUCAGCUACUCCCCGAACCAGGCGUCGUCCACCACCUGCAACAACAACUCUGCCAACUCCGCCUACCACUGCAACUUGCAGGCCAUGAGCCUCUAUGUUGGGGACAGAACCUCCGGCGGUCACCUGCCGCCGUCCGCCACCGCGGAUGACGUUUUGCCAGACUACUGCGUCACCAAUACCGCCAGCGCCGCUUCGCCACCGCCGCCGCUCGGCCACACAAACGUGAGCCCGGCGGGCCAGGAGGGCCACCAGGCGCCCCAGGGCCGGCUCGCCUCCUGGUACGGGGACCUCAGCCACUUGAGCGCGGGGUACCAGUCCCAGCAGAACCUCCAUUGCGUCAGGGACAUGUUCGAGUCCCAGCGAAUGGGACUCAACGGCUCUGCACUUCACGCGAGUAACGGCUGUCAGAUGGCCUUCCCGUCCACCCAGUCCAUCUACCGCACAUCAGGAGCUUUUGUUUAUGACUGCAGCAAGUUCUGAGAGUGUCUUUCGAAUUACAACCUUAAUAUAUACUUUUUUUGACUGUAUUUUUGUAUUUUUUUAAAUCAAAAAUUACAUCCUGAACGGACAAGCGCGAUUCAGAGAUUAAUUUGACCAUCACACUUAACACUAAAACACGAAAGUUCAUUCUCUUAAUUUAAAAAAAUAUACUGAUAAUUGACUGCAAAGCGUAUCCUAAUAUAUUUAUUUUUGAAAAGUGAUGUUCUUGAAAUUUCAUAUGCCGUCUUAAUAUGUCCCCAAUAGGUUGAAGUGGGAACUUUGUAGACUCAAUUGGUUACUUUAUUCACGUCAUUUGUCAAUACG